CGACGAUGGUUUUUUGUUCCAUUCCUGCCAUUCUUAACGCUCUUGCAGUUUAUUCUUACCUCGCGGCGCUCAAAGGCAUCCCCACAAGUGGGGGGAGUUGUCUGGGGAGCAGCGGUGUCAUGAUCAUGGUAGGGUUGAGCUGUUCUAUUAUCGAGGCCAUGAUCGCUGUGGCAACUGUGCUAUGUGAAACCUCCGACUCCGCGGGUUUCAUCACGACGACCAAGUCGAAGCCUUACAUUUGGGCUGCUCUGCGGAGAGAAAUACCACCUUUCUCGACAAAAGGUCGGAACAUAAUGGCUGGACCGGAGGGGCAAUCCAACACUAGCUCAACGAUCCACCACGACUUCGCUGCCAUCGGUUUGGGGUAUUCGGCAGAGGUGUACUGGGACAGUGAAAGGCGCUGACCUCAGCUGAUGGGUACAUGACGGCUACCCAAAGCACUCGCUGAUGCCUGAAGGCUUUGACUCUUGUAUCUUUCGCUCCGAUCUCGUAAACAGAUCAUGCCCUUUCUUCACUGGCAAGCCAAAGAGCACCAGUUUCGUAUAGCGCCAUCUCACGUAUACAUUGGUGUAUCUGGGGACUAGGCCGGGAUAUAUAAUCGACUUUUUUUUACAGUCAAUCACAUCGCGCUGAGCUUGAUAGUACAACGUCAGGCUAGCAGAGAG